AUGGAUGGUUGGACAAAUUCAAAUAGUUCUUCUAUUUGGAAUUAUGUUAUUACAACUUCAAAUAAUUGUGAAUAUCUAUAUAAACUUGAUGAUUUGUCAGUAAAUAGUCAUAUGAGAUCUUAUUUGACUUCAAAAAUUAAAGAAAUAAUAGAAAAAAUUGGUCCACGUAGAAUUGUAGCAAUUGUUUCUGAUUCUG